AUGGCAAGAUCGGUAAGUCUGCUGUUUCCAUUAUCAGUCUGUCGAGUCAACACAGCAAGCUCACGUCACGUCGAACUCUCCUGGUUUCAACAGACUAGAACGAAACCCAAAUCCAAAUCCAAGUCAAGCUCUUCUCGUACAUUCAAAAGAACAGAUCAGAUUACCUCAUCCUCAACUCAAUCUGCUGGUCCUUCUUCUCACUCUCAAGCACAACCAACAUCCCUGCCUAACGAGAUCAUCCUCCAAAUUUUCACUUGCCUCUCCACCGACCAAGCAUCCUUACUAUCCUGUUCUCGAGUAUCCAAGACAUUCCACAAACUCUCUUCUCCACUCUUAUGGCAUCAUCUCAGACUAUCACCCUUCUUCGCCGAACCUCGACUCGUCAGUGCCAACGGUGUAUAUGUAUAUCGUAAGAUUGAAGAUCCUCAAAAGGCACACUGUGGUUCAAUAGGAACAGGGAAGAAAGACCUCAAGCCCCUCCUCAAGCAUGUUGAGAAGUUUUAUCUCGAAUCUCAUACACCUGAAUGGUGUUUACAUGGAUAUAACACUUCGCUGAAAUUACCAAAUUUGCAAAUACUCGAGUUGGAUAUACUCUCAAUGCGUAAGCAGGAUCACAGAAAGAUUCAUCUCAGUGAUCCAACUUUGACCUCGAGAAAUCAAUAUAAUCCAAAUUGUCGUCUACUCAGAGAUCUCACGCCAUCAACUAUCGUUCUGAGAGACAAUUUCAAUAGGGGUUUAGAUCUUUGUAAAGGAUCUAUACCAAUAUCGAUAUGGAAAUGCGUCGAGGAACUUGUAUUGGUCUCUCCAGUAAGGGAUAUACCAUGUUUAGAACUUGAACCUGUAGCUGCGCCUAUACCAAUCACCCUGAAGAAUCUCGAAAGAUUGACAUGGAUAUUCCAUCCGCCUUCUACCUCAAAUGAAGGUGAGAAGGUGAUGUAUAAAUUAGAUGCACCUCAUCGACCCGACUUAUACAAUGCUAUCCAAAUUAUCAACCUCAUCAUUCAACUGAAGAACCUUCAAUCAAUCAAGUUGGUCAAUGCCGGUAUACUCGCUAGUUUAAUCGAAGAGAACUCAAGAGCGACUGAGGACCAAUUGCAUUGGGAAAGUAGAGAUUACAUCUUAGGUAAAUUUGGGGCGGAGACUAGGAAGAUGGGUUGGACAGAAGGGAAAAUAGGUGAAUGGAAGGAUAAGAUUGAGUUUUUGACGUUUGAGGAAUGGGAGGGAGAACAGGGCUGGGUGGGGAGGCUUGAACAAGGGGAGGUGGAAGGGUGGAAAGAGGCAAUGAGAGGAUGA